GUUCGCGAUCCCGUCUACUCCGCACAAGUUCCGCGUCAUCCGCCAUUGCAAGAAAGACACAGAAUUACACAUUCGAGGCCUGUCGUUGAAACAUCGAAUUCCCGGAUCCAUCCGACGAGGCAUGUCUACCCGCCCGGAUCACACCCCCCCGCACCAUGAGGCGGCCCCGGCACCAUCAACGACAAUCAGCGCCAGCACCGAAGGGAAUGCCGGAGGGAACGGCGGAACACCGCGGCAGGCAAAGAGGCGGAGGAUCGCUACGGCAUGCACUCCAUGCAGGUACCGGAAGUCGAGGUGCGACGGAUACAGACCCGUUUGCACCACAUGCAAAGAUCAUGGCUCUGAGUGCACCUACCCACCGCAGUCGGGCCCGCUGAACAGCGUUGCUUCAAGAGGGCACCUUUUGUCCGUCGAAGAGCGGUUGACUACUGUUGAGCAGCUUCUGCGAAAACUUGGCGGCAGGGUAGACCGGAUUGAGCGCGACGAUCGGCUUGGGACUCGGGGGCCAGACCCUGAACGGGUACCAGAGAGGGAGAUACCAGACUGUUUCGUCGAAGAAGAUGACUCGCGCACAGGCGCAGACUUUCAAGAUGCUACGGAUGGAAUUGGGUCCAUCAUCUUCUCACAAGAGGAAGACGCUGGCUACUUCGGCCCGUCGUCAAACAUAGCAUUUACUCGUCAUAUAGUUCGAGCCACGACAACGGUGCUGAAGCGGACCCAAGCACUCUCGCUGGCAUCGCCUGACGUUGCCGUCUCGCACAACCACAUGCUUCACGCAUCGCGGCCGCCGUCCCCGCUCCGAGUGCCACGGGGCGGCUCAAAGAAUAACGGCAACCCCCAGUCCAUAUUCUCCCUCCCCGCCGCCGACGAGACCCUGAGGCUCAUUAACGAGUUCUUUUCUAAUACCGGCAUGCUCUUCCCCUACAUCCACCGAGAGACGUUCCUCGCGACUUACCACGAUCUCACGACAACCGAUUUCCGGAAGGUCAGACGAUCAUGGCUCGGGCUGCUGAACAUGGUCCUUGCCAUGGCAACCAGCGCAUCUGAUAGCAGCCACUUGACGGGCCAGCAGCGGGCAGACGAGUCCGAGGUCUUCUUCUUGCGUGCCCUGGCCCUCUGCGAGAAGCAGAUCAGAUGUGCGGCGAGUCUUGAGAUUGUCCAGUUCCUCUUGCUGAUGAGCCAAUACUUGCAAGGAACUGAAAGGUCAAUCCAAACGUGGAACGUACACGGACUGGCCGUCAAAGCCGCCUAUCAACUGGGUCUACAUUCGAGAGAUGCUCUUAGCCAAUACCCACCCCUGGAACGCGAGAUUCGUACCCGUACAUGGUAUGGCUGCGUGGUUUUGGACCGGUCGUUGAGCAUGACUCUAGGACGGCCUUCUGCAAUCCCUGAAAGUUACGUCAAGCUAGAUAUGCCUCGCUGUCUCUCUUUCAUCAGUUCUGCGAACUUUGACACCGACGUGCCAGGAGGUGAUGUGUCCGGCGAUGACAGCUUAGCCUUCUAUAACUCGACAAUCGACCUUUACAAAAUAAUGUGGACCGUCCUGGACAGUCUCUACGGUGGUAACCUAGGCUGCGACUCGCCACAGAACGUCUUCGACAUUGCCUCUCACCUCCUUCGCAUUGAACAGAAAUUCUUGCAGUGGCAGAUGUCCUUACCCCCAUCCGUCACCCUGGUCCAGCCUGCAGACAUGGCCGUCCAGAGCGGCCAGGAGAAUCCCGAAAUAUCACGCUUUCGGGUGAUCCUGACGUUGAGAUACCUGAACUUGCGCGUGCUCGCCCACCGCCCUGUCCUGCACAGGUUCCUGGAAGCGGUGGGCGAUCACGCGUCUCAGCCCGUGCAUACCAGCAGCUUGCGGCAAGUCGGGUCAAACAGCCUGCGCACAUGUAUCCAGUCGGCAGUUCACAUCGUCGAGCUGAUGGCUCAUAUCAUUCGCUCUGGGGACUCACAGCGACACCUCGGCGCCUGGUGGUUCUCUCUCUACUACACCUUUAACGCCGCCCUUGUGAUCUAUUCUGGCCUCCUGAUCCGCCAUGACGCAGAAUCUCGGAGCAUGCCAUUCCCCGAGGGCGACAUUCAAGUUCAACGAGCGCAGCUUCAGCAGGCCAUUGAGUCUCUGCUGCUGCUUGACAGGGGAAAUCGCAUGACGGAGAAGUGUGCCAAGUACAUUUCGGCCCUUGCCUCCAGAUUAGAUUCAUUGUUUUAUAGUACAUCACCCCAAUUCGCUGGCGCAGGUGAACCCCAGGAUAAGACACGCCAUAGCGGUCCUGGCGAUGGGCAGGCAACAACAGAAUUGCUAAGUGUCUUAGCCCAAAGCCAAACAACGCCGGGGGUCAUGGAUAUGAGCGAAUUUAUGGAUCUGACCGAUCUUGAUUUUCUAAACAUGCCGCUUCAUGUACAUGGGCACCUUCGAGACAACGAGUGGGUUCCUCCUGACGCAUAGCGAGAUUGUGUAUCAGUGGGGGCGGUAGUGCAUGGAUCGGUUUUCCCCCGUGGUUUUUAAUAGUUCUAGACAUAUGCAGGUACAUGAAUGAUACUAUAUCGAGUGC